CGGCGGGGCCCCGGCGCCGGUGCUGCCGCCGGUACCGUCCUUCCCCGCCAGCUUCCUCCGAGCUGCUCGUCCGCCCCUUCGACCGCCCGUCCCCCUCUCCGUCCUCCCAGCUUUGUUUUCUCGCCGUCCGCGGGCUCGGGCCCCCCACGCCGCUGCCACCCUGAAGUUUCUGGCGGUGCUGCUGGCGGCGGGCAUGCUGGCUUUCCUUGGGGCCAUCAUCUGCAUCAUCGCCAGCGUCCACCCGGCCGGCACCGCCGCGCCCGCCGCCGCCGCCGACAAUGACUCGGCCGCCGCCGCCCUCCUGCCCGCCGCCGACAAGGGGCUGGGAGCGCUGCACGGUCCCGCCGAGGCCGUGGCCAGCGCCGGGCCGCGCCUGCCGGGGGGGCCGCCGCUCUUCAGCCGCUUCGUCUGCACCCCGCUGAGCACCGAGUGCCCGGCCGCCGGCAGCGGCACCGCCGCCGGCAGCGCCGCCGGCCCCGAGGAGCUGCUGGCGCUGCGGAGCGCGGCGGCCCAGCUGCGCCGCACGGCGCUGGAGCAGAAGGAGCGGAUCCGCAUGGACCAGGAGACCAUCCGGGAGCUCACCGGCAAGCUCAGCCGCUGCGAGGGCGGCCUGCGGAACCCCCCCGCCGCCGCUGGGCUCCGCGCCGCCCCGCGCCCCGGCACCAUGGGCCACCCUCCGGACGAACCGCCCGCCGUGCGGGAGCUAGAGGAGGCUGUCCGCACUCUCCAGGACCGAAUCGACCGAAUAGAGCAGGAGCUGCCAGCCCGCACUAAUGGCUCAGCACCCACUGCCCCAGCACUUGCCCGUGAUGCCCUCCACACCAAGAUGGAGCAGCUGGAGGAGCAGCUCCUUUCCAAGAUCCUGACCCUGCAGAAGGAGCGCCAGGCUGCCAGCACUGACCACAGCCAGCAGCAGCACAACAUCGAGAAGGAGCUGAACUCCCUUCAGAACCGGGUGACAGAGCUGGAGCACGGACCACUGGGCUACAGCCCUCCUGAUGCCUUCAAGGUGACCAUCCCAGUGCAGAACAACUACAUGUAUGCCCGUGUGAAGAAGAGUCUGCCAGAGCUGUAUGCCUUCACCAUCUGCAUGUGGCUGAAGUCCAAGGCCCUGGCAGGCAUUGGCACCCCAUUUUCCUACUCUGUCCCAAGCCAAGCCAAUGAGAUCGUGCUCUUAGAGUGGGGCUCUAACCCCCUGGAACUGCUCAUCAAUGACAAGGUUGCCCAGCUGCCACUCAGUCUGAAGGACAAGGCCUGGCACCACGUCUGCGUGGCAUGGACCACCCGGGAUGGCAAGUGGUCUGCCUACCAGGAUGGUGAACAGCGGGGUGCCGGUGAGAACCUGGCCUCCUGGCAUUCCAUCAGGCCCCAGGGCAUCCUCAUCCUGGGUCAGGAGCAGGACACUCUGGGGGGCCGCUUUGAUGCCACACAGGCCUUCGUGGGAGAACUGGCACAGUUUGGUGUGUGGGACCACAUGCUGGCGCCAGCAGAGAUCCUGGGCUUGGCUAACUGCACCUCCCACCUCCAAGGAAAUGUGAUCCAGUGGGAUGACCAGGCAGUGGAGGUCUUUGGAGGUGCUAGCAAGGCGAGCUUUGCUGCCUGUGAGGAAGGGAGGAAGGCAUGAGUGGCCCCCAGCCCUCUCCCUAGUGCCAAGGAGCCCAGUGGCAGCCCUGAAGCGGAGAGCCCCUUUCUCCCCUCCCAGACCAGUAAGCCUUGCUGGGGCAAUGCUUGAGCCCCCCAUACUGGUGUCCCAGGAGGGAGAGGGGCCCUGGAAGCCUCCCUGUUGUCCCUGUGCUGGUGCUGUGGCUUGUCCUCAUUCCUGGCUGGCUUCUGGGUCUCAUCUUGCCCCACUUCUGUUUUGGGUGGAACUCACUGUACCUGCAGGUGUCCUUGGUAUGGUGAGGGUCCUCACCUUGUAAGACCUAACAAGGAGUGGGAAGGAGAGCUCCAUCUACUUUGAGUGCAGUCCAGCCUCAGUGGGAUGCCAGGGUGCAGGCAUCACCUGAACACAUCCCUUUUCCUUAUUUCUAGCAACCUCACUGUCUGGUUUUAUGAGCCUGCAUUCCAGGAUCUCAGCUCCAGCCCCAUUCUUCUCCUGCUGCCCUGGUUUUUCAAAUGUGACCCCAGGGAAGCCGAGGGAGAAUGGCAGAGUCAGUGGCACAGUACUUAUCUGCCUGCAUCCCUUUCCCUGCCUCUGCUGCCUGUUUGGGCAGGGCUGCCCAAGGGGUGCCAGGCUUUUGAGGCAGAGGGAAGAGAACACUCCCCACCACCUCCAAGCUGGGAGAGGGGCCAGUCACCAAGGGAGUGGGGGGAAUAGAGGCAAAGCAUCUCCCCCAGCGCUGGCCGGGGGAGAAAGAGUGCAGCACUGUCGUUGAAGGAAGAUAAAGCAAGAAAAAAGAGAUGGAGGAUGGUGGCGGUCAGAGGAGCCCCGCCAUCCAUCUCCCAUCCAGUCUUUUGGUACUGGAUUGGGCUAUUGCUCUUGGUUGCACCUAUGUCCCCCUCUUUAGCUGCUCCUUGCCAGGAACAGGGCUGCCUCUGGCCUUGAAACUGGGAGGGUGAAAGAGCAGGCUGGUGUUUUCCCUGUGGAGUGCCUGAGAAUAUGAUGUUUCCACAUUGCCUGGUCACCAACAUCUCAAUAUGUGAGUGUGUGUAUGUGCACAUGUGUAUGUGUCUGGGGGUGGGGUGGGAGGGUUAUUUUGAGGCUCUCAUGGUUGCUCAAUGCAGUGUUCAGCUUCCAGUGUUCCCCCCUACCCCAAGUCCUGCUUUGGGUGACAGCUGCCCCCGCCCCUGGGAGAGGCAAAGCUGGCAGAACGGACACCCCUGCCACCCCCCAUCCCCGUCCCCCAGGGUGUCUGCCAGUGCUGGGGUGGCUCAGCCCACUGGGAAUGACACAGCAGGAAUGGGGAGCAGUCCUUGUGCCAAGUGGGAACACUGUGACCUUCGUGCACCCAGGGGAGCUGCCCCCUCUCCCUCGCUCGCUUGCGCGCUUUCUCUAAUGCACGUUUGUGAAAAGGGCCCCUGACAUGCACCCGUGUUGGGACAUUUCUUUUGUAAAGCUGAUUGUGGACAAUAAAAGUGAUGUUUUCUGUUUGA